AGUCAAGCCAGUCCUCUCUCUCUCUCCUUCACUACUCCAUUUUCUCACAGUGAGGCUUUGCACGCCAAUAUAUACAGCCCCCACCAGCUCUCUCCUGCUCAUCAUUUCCUCUUAACUAAAAACAAAACCAAACAGAAUCAACGAAUUCACAUUUCACCAUCUCGAUAAAUCAUCAAUUGCAAAUAUCAACGAGAAUCCGCCCCUAUUUUCACCAGCAGAUCUUCGCGGGGAGGAUUUUUCGUUGUGCGUCGCGCGCGGUGAUGAGGUGAUGGAGCAGAAGCACGUGAUUCUGUCGGCAUUGGGAGUGGGGGUUGGGGUAGGUGUGGGGCUGGGAUUGGUGUCCGGCUCGACCGUCGGGAGAUGGACGGCGAAUGCCACCUGCGCCGCGGCGGACGGCGUCUCCGCUCAGCAGAUUGAGACGGAGCUUCUUAGAGUAGUUGUUGAUGGCAAGGAGAGCGGGGUUUCCUUUGAGGAAUUUCCGUAUUAUGUCAGUGAGCCGACACGUAUAGCGUUGACAAGUGCAGCGUAUGUUCAUCUAAAACACUUAGAUGUAUCUAAGCACGCUCGUACUCUUUCGCCAGUCAGCAGGGCUAUAUUGCUUUCUGGGCCAGCAGAGUCAUACCAGCAAGCACUUGCCAGGGCUCUGGCGCAGCAUUUUGAGGCAAAGUUGCUAUUACUGGAUUUACAUGAGUUUUCAUUGAAGAUGCAGGGCAAGUAUAACAUCAUAAAGAAAGACUCUUCUCUACCAAGGUCUAUCUCAGAAACGACUUUGGAAAGAAUGUCCAGUUUUCUAGGUUCCUUCUCUGCUCUUCCCCCGAAAGACAGAGGCACAUCAUCUGGGCAAAGAAGUGUGCUGGAUGCCACAACAAGGAAUUCUGAAGGAGUCAGCAACUCCCUAAGGCCUUGCAGAAGUUCUUCGGUCUCUUCAGAUAUGAGUAGCAUAAGCACCCUCUCAUCCUCUUCAAAUCCAGCUCGUUCCAAGCGCGUUAGCAGCUGGCCUUUUGAUGAGAAAGUUCUCCUGCAGUCGCUGUAUAAGGUGUUGGUUUCGGUUUCUCAAACAAAUAGCAUCAUUCUUUACAUCCGGGAUGUUGAGAGACUUUUUUUACAAUCCCCAAGACUAUACAAAUUAUUCGACAGGAUGUUGAAGAAAUUAACAGGAUCCAUUUUAGUUCUUGGUUCUCGGAUGUUGGGUCUUGAUGACACUUCGGGUGAAGUAGAUGAGAAACUAAGUAUUUUAUUUCCUUACAACAUUGACAUCAGUCCACCGGAAGAUGAAAAUACUCUUGUCAGCUGGAAUAGUCAACUGGAAGAGGAUAUGAGAAAGAUGCAGUUUCAGGACAACAAGAAUCACAUUGCUGAGGUACUUGCAGCAAAUGAUAUCGAGUGUGAUGAUCUCGCAGCAAUAUGCCAUGCUGACACAAUGAUCCUGAGUCACUUCAUCGAGGAAAUUGUCGUUUCUGCUCUAUCAUAUCAUUUGAUGAAUAAUAAGGAUCCAGAGUAUCGUAACGGGAAGCUUGUCAUAUCAUCUAAGAGUUUGUGCCACGGAUUAAGCAUAUUCCAAGAGGGUAAAAGUGGUAGCAAAGAUACCCUUAAGAUGGAGACUAAUGCUGAAGGUUGCAAGGAUCCCAAAGCAAAAGAGAGUGGUGUAUCAAAACCUGGGUCAAAGUUUGAAACAAAAUCCGGGAACAAGAACGAGACAGAAAAGCCGACUUCAACAAAGGCAGAUGGCGAUAAUGCAUCAACAUCAAAGCCAGAAAUUCCUCCGGACAAUGAAUUUGAGAAACGCAUCAGGCCAGAAGUCAUCCCCGCGAGUGAGAUUGGAGUGACAUUUGCAGAUAUUGGGGCUCUAGACGAGACUAAAGAAUCACUUCAGGAGCUGGUUAUGCUUCCUCUCAGAAGGCCAGACCUCUUUAACGGUGGGCUUCUGAAGCCUUGCCGAGGCAUAUUACUCUUUGGUCCUCCUGGUACUGGAAAAACAAUGCUUGCCAAGGCCAUUGCCAAUGAGGCCGGGGCUAGCUUCAUAAAUGUAUCAAUGUCAACCAUCACUUCAAAAUGGUUCGGAGAAGAUGAGAAGAAUGUCCGAGCUCUUUUCACACUUGCAGCAAAGGUUUCUCCCACAAUCAUUUUUGUAGAUGAGGUCGAUAGUAUGCUUGGGCAGCGGACAAGAGUAGGCGAGCAUGAGGCAAUGCGAAAAAUUAAAAAUGAGUUCAUGACACACUGGGACGGGCUAUUAACAAAACCUGGAGAGCGGAUUCUUGUUCUUGCAGCAACAAACAGACCUUUCGACCUAGAUGAAGCCAUCAUUAGGCGUUUUGAGCGCAGAAUCAUGGUUGAUCUGCCUUCUACCGAGAACAGAGAAAAGAUCUUGAAAACACUGCUGUCAAAAGAAAAGGCGGAAGCUCUAGACUUUAAAGAACUUGCAACAAUGACAGAAGGAUAUAGUGGAAGUGAUCUCAAGAAUCUGUGUGUGACAGCAGCUUACCGCCCCGUGAGAGAACUCAUACAACAAGAGAGAGAGAAGGAUAUGGCAAAGAAACAGACAGAGAAAGAAGGUGAAAGCUCUGAAGAUGCAUCUUCAACAUCAGAUGAAAGUAAAGAAGAAAAAGUAAUUUCUUUAAGGGCCUUAAACAUGGAAGACUUGAGGCAAGCAAAGAAUCAGGUUGCUGCAAGUUUUGCCUCGGAGGGAGCCAUAAUGGGCGAGCUAAAGCAAUGGAACGAGCUAUACGGAGAAGGGGGCUCAAGGAAGAAGAAGCAGUUAUCUUACUUCCUUUAGACACGCACCAUUAGAUUUCUUGAGACAAGAAAGAUAGUUGGGCGGAAUCUUGGGACGCGAUGGAAAGCUCGUCCAUCUUCUUCUCGUAUCAAAUUCAUCAUCCAUUUCAAUUUUUUAAAAGCUUGAAUGUUAGCCUGUAAGUAGUUCAAGAUGGAUGCAUUUUGUACAUGCAUUAUUUAAGCAGGGGGAAUUGGACGUUCUGUUAGAACCGGAUGGAUAUACAAGUGUUUUCCACUCCAAUCUGUAGCAAUCAAACGCUGUGUUUGUUUAAUUGCCUAUGAAUUAUGAUGUUGUAAAUUAAAUAUUUAAUGAAAAUAGCACUCAAUUCAUCA